AUGCAAAAAUCGUCGCAGUAUCAAGAUAAUGAUGGUCAUCUCGAUGAUGCAGACGAAACCACUGCCGGACUCCCUUACACUGACGAAGAAGCUCAAUUGUUGCGAAGAGAAGAACUGGAAUAUGACGAGCCCACAUCAUCUACAAAUAGGCACUUUCCAACCCGUCUACAGCGCUUACUGCACCUCCUCCGAGGUCCGGAGCAGCCUCGCGUUCAAACCAUCCAACCAUACUUUGCAUCGAUACAAACGCGUCCAGUGCGUUGGCUUGAAGCCUACAGACUCAACAAGCCCGUCUCACUUAUCCCAGUACUAUUCCUCUGGCUCCUAAUCUUCAUCUGGUUUCUUACUGCGCAAUUACCGAUCCAGGAUGCCGACGGCAACGAUGUAUUCAACCUGGAUUGCACAGACACGAUGUGGCAGCGCAAAAACCUCUGCGGAAUCGACGGUAUCAACUGUCGUCCAUUCAGCAAUACAACUUUUGCUUUUCGCUGCCCAGCGAAAUGUGGCGAUGUCCAGGUCUUGAAUCCGCAUGUUGUUGGGCCGCUGGAAGUCAACUAUCGGCCUCUUGUUAUCGGUUCCGGAGUGUAUCGAGGAGACAGCUUCAUAUGUGCCUCGGCGAUUCAUGCCGGGAUUGUGGAUGGGAUCAAAGGUGGUAGUGGUCGCGUCAACUUGGUCGGAGCUCAUGAUGACUUUGCAAGCACGAAGCGCCAUGGCAUCGAGUCUAUCCCGUUUGAUUCAUCUUUCCCACUGUCGUUUUCAGUCGUCUUGGAUGCUAGUUUUGAGUCUGGCUCAGAUCCUCGUUUCGCAUUACUUCCGGUUUCCGUUCUUUUCACUGUUUUGCUUGCUAUAUUCUCCACAUCACCGAAUAUCUUCUUCCCGAUUUUCACGCUCAUCUUUGCUCAUGUGAGCUUUGUCUCUGAUCCGCCAAUGGCAUCACCUUUGAACGUCACGGUCUUGCCAGACCACUUGUCCAUGUUCGCAAAGGGGUUACUACCGGCGCUGUUUGUUGCUGUUGUGUUGUACCCUACAAUCAUCAGACGCACCUUGUCUGGUUUGACUGCACAGUUCGAAAAGGCACUGUUUUGGCUUGGUGGCUUCUGGAUCGGAGCAUUGUCAAAUUAUACAUUUGAAUGGAUUCCAAUCUCCCGACUUACGGCGCAUGACCUGGAGCAGCAGCCGGGAGCCAAGGUGGCCUUGGCCAUUAUCAUCCUGAUAUUAGUCGUCAUCAUCGUCGGCCAGGUGUACUACUUCUGGCUCGAGGGUCGGCUGGUCCGCUAUCUCGGUCUAUACGGCCUCUUUCUUCUUGGAAUCAUCGUUUCCGUGACGUUACCUGGCGUCAACUUACGGAUUCACCACUAUAUACUGGCACUCUUGCUGCUUCCAGGGACUAGUCUUCAAACACGACCGUCAUUGUUGUAUCAGGGAAUCUUACUUGGCCUUUUUGUCAAUGGUAUAGCGCGCUGGGACUUUGACUCUAUCUUGCAGACUUCUACAGCGCUCCGUGAAGAUGCAAGAUUCAACUCUGUCGUCCCCAAGAUACCGGAACCGUCGAUUCAAUUGGGUGCCGAGACACUCGUUGCCACUUUUACUUAUGGCAACCCUGUAACUAAGGUAGAUGUUAUUAGCGUAAUGGUCAACGAUGUUGAACGCGGACGUUCCUUCUACGCUGAUGAUAUCAAUGGUGCGGUAAGUUCUUUCAACUGGACUCGACCAGCAGAUAGUCAUCUCAAUGAAUACUUCCGUUGGGCAUAUAUACUUCACGGAAAGACACUGGAUUAUUCUAAGCCUGGUAUAUUGUUGGGAAACGGCACAUGGAGCCCUGGGCACUCAUGA